AGAGAGAGAAUCAGGUUUAUUAGCAACAAGGAGAGGCCAGGAUUGCUCACAAAUCUUGAAAAGGGCUGAAACUUAAAACCCUUAUCCUAUCUUCUUCUUCGAUACACCUUCUCGUAUAAAAACUUCAAUUCUCUCCCAUUCUCUCUCUAUAAAUCCUCUUUUUCCUCCAUGUUCUUUCUCUCCAUUUCAUUUCACUGAUGAGCUUCCUUCAUCGCUCCUAUUCUUGAUUGCGAUGGUUUCUCUCAAGUGAGGUUUUGAGGUUUCUUCUUCUCUUCUUCUUCCCAAUCGGAUUUCCUUUCGUCUUGAAGAAAAUGGCGCCGAGGACUGGGAGGGGGAAAUCGAAUAAAGCCAAGACAGAGAGGAAGAAGAAGGAAGAGAAAGCAUCCGUGCCUUCUCUGGUGGACAUUUAUGUCGUCACUCCUUAUGAUUCUCAAGUUCUCCUCAAGGGCAUCUCUACUGAUAAGAUACUUGAUGUGAGAAGGCUAAUAGCUGUGAAUGUGGAAACCUGCCAUUUUACAAAUUAUUCUUUAUCUCACGAGGUUAAAGGGCAGAGAUUGAAUGACAGGGUAGAGGUUGUUGCUCUAAAGCCAUGUAUUCUAAAAAUGGUUGAAGAGGAUUACAUAGAGGAAGCCCAGGCUAUUGCACAAGUGAGGCGACUCUUGGAUAUCGUGGCCUGCACAUCCAGGUUUGCGAAGCCUAGACGGGCCUUGACAAGCCCAGACUCCAAAGCUAAGAAAAAUAGUAAGGCCCAACAAAAUCAGAAGCAUAAUUCGGGCCCACCAACUACGCCCAAUGGGGAAUUCCAGAUCGGAUCGCCGGUCACGGUUUCGCCGAUCUCCGAUAAUAUAGGCAUGGUAGCCAUUCAUCCCACGCCGAAGCUUUCAGAUUUCUACGAGUUCUUCUCUUUCUCUCAUCUGUCUCCUCCGAUUUUACACUUGAAGAGAUGUGAACUGAAGAAUCAGGAUGAUAGACGCAAAGAAGAUUACUUUAAGCUUCAGAUUAAAAUCGGCAACGGGAAACUGAUAGAAGUGAUUGCAUCAGAAAAAGGGUUUUAUAAUGUGGGGAAACAGUUUCUUCAGAGCCAUGCUUUAGUUGAUCUUCUGAAACAGCUCAGCCGAGGUUUUGCUAAUGCAUAUGGAUCUUUGAUGAAAGCAUUUGUGGAGCAUAAUAAGUUUGGUAAUCUUCCAUAUGGAUUUCGAGCAAAUACAUGGCUUGUUCCUCCAUCUGUUGCCGAGAGUCCUUCCAAUUUUCCUGCCCUACCUACUGAGGACGUAAGCUGGGGUGGUAAUGGCGGUGGCCAGGGUAGAAAUGGUGAAUACAAUCUUAGACCAUGGGCUACAGACUUCGCAAUAUUGGCUUCUCUACCUUGCAAAACCGAAGAUGAGAGGGUGGUCAGAGACAGAAAAGCUUUUCUGCUUCACAGUCUAUUUGUCGAUACCUCCAUAUUUACAGCUGUUGCAGCUAUAAGACAGGUCAUAGAGUCAAACUCCAAUGGAAAUAGCAAAUUGCAUUGUUCCCCGGACUCAAUCCUGCAUGAAGAUCACUUGGGGGACUUGUCCAUUGUAGUCAAACGUGAUAUAGGAGACACAAAUCAUAAGUAUGAUAUGAAACUUUCUAGUGGGGAGUCCACAGUGUUUAAAGAAGGUGCUCAAAAGAAUUUACUCAAAGGGUUGACUGCAGAUGAAAGUGUAAUUGUCCGUGAUACUUCUUCUUUGGCCGUGGUUGUUGUACACUACUGCGGAUACGUUGCAACGGUAAGUGUGGUGGGCAAGGGUAACAUUAACACAAGGAAGCCUGAAUUUCAAGAUAUUGAAAUCGAUGAUCAGCCAGGUGGAGGGGCAAAUGCGCUCAAUGUCAAUAGCUUGAGGCUACUGCUUCACAAGUUUGGAGCUGAGCCAUCUGAAGGGAGAUCAUCACUACCAAAUUUGGAUGAUUUAGACUCUUCCAGAAAUCUUGUUCGGAAGGUGGUUAAAGAAAACUUGGAAAAUAAAAGUGAGGAGCCAGUUAAUUCAGAAAGUUCUAUUCGGUGGGAACUCGGUUCUUGUUGGUUGCAACAUCUGCAAAAGCAGGAAACUUCAACAGAUAAAAGUUCUGAAAAAAAGGACAACGGCAAUGAAGUUGUACAAGCUGUCAAAGGUCUUGGAAAGCAAUUCAAAUUUUUGAAGAGGAGGGAAAAGAAACCAACUAGUUUAGAUUGUACAGACCAUAGGGAGCAUAAUGACUCUAGACCUUCUGCUGCGGCAACUGUUAAAGCUGAAUUAAACAAUGAUGACUUAAAUAGCUCCACUGAAUUGGAGAAACUAACUUCAGUAGAAGCAUUUUUGCGACUGAAAGAAUCUGGAACUGGUCUGCAUCUAAAGACAGUUGAUGAGCUUAUCAACAUGGCACACAAGUACUAUGACGAAAUUGCCUUGCCAAAGCUGGUUACAGACUUUGGAUCACUUGAGCUUUCUCCAGUUGAUGGCCGUACACUAACUGAUUUCAUGCAUUUAAGAGGAUUAAAGAUGCGCUCCCUUGGUGAAAUAGUUAAACUUGCAGAAAAUCUUCCACACAUACAAUCUCUUUGUAUUCAUGAGAUGGUUACUCGAGCUUUCAAGCAUUUACUCAAAGCUGUGAUUGCCUCAGUUGAUAAUGUAGCAGACUUAUCUCCUGCUAUUGCAUCAACACUGAAUUUCUUACUUGGAAGCUGUCAAUUGGAAAAUGCUGACCAAAGUUUGACUGAAGACAAUCAUCUCAGAUUGCAGUGGCUAAGGGUAUAUUUAAUCAAAAAAUUUGGAUGGACAUUAAAUGAUGAAUUUCAACAUUUGAGGAAGUUAUCAAUCCUGAGAGGGCUUUGUCAUAAGGUUGGAAUGGAGUUGUUCCCAAGAGAUUAUGAUAUGGAGACCCCCAAUCCAUUUGGGAAAUAUGAUAUUAUCAGCCUAGUUCCUGUUUGCAAGUUCGUAGGAUGCUCCUCAGCAGAUGGACGCAAUUUGUUGGAAUCAUCCAAAAUGGCUCUUGAUAAAGGAAAGCUUGAGGAUGCUGUGAAUUAUGGAACAAAGGCACUGGCAAAGAUGAUGGCUGUUUGUGGUCCCUAUCAUCGAACUACUGCAAGUGCUUAUAGUCUUUUAGCUGUGGUUCUCUACCACACUGGAGAUUUUAAUCAAGCAACCAUAUAUCAGCAAAAGGCCCUGGAUAUAAAUGAGAGGGAACUUGGGCUUGACCAUCCAGACACAAUGAAAAGCUAUGGGGAUCUCUCUGUCUUUUAUUAUCGUCUGCAACACAUGGAGCUGGCUCUGAAGUAUGUCAACCGUGCUCUCUUCCUUCUUCACUUCACAUGUGGUCUAUCUCAUCCGAACACAGCUGCAACAUACAUAAAUGUGGCUAUGAUGGAAGAGGGUAUGGGAAAUGUUCAUGUGGCACUCAGAUAUUUGCAUGAAGCUCUUAAAUGCAACAAAAGAUUGCUAGGAGAAGAUCAUAUCCAGACUGCCGCAAGCUUCCAUGCCAUUGCCAUAGCUCUUUCAUUGAUGGAAGCAUAUUCCCUGAGUGUACAACAUGAACAAACGACCCUUAAGAUACUUCAAGAAAAGCUUGGACCUGAAGAUCUUCGUACACAGGAUGCUGCUGCAUGGCUCGACUAUUUUGAAUCAAAAGCAAUAGAGCAACAAGAAGCGGCUAAAAAUGGAACUCCAAAGCCAGAUGCAUCCAUUGCAAGCAAAGGUCACCUUAGUGUAUCAGAUCUUCUGGAUUUUAUUAAUCCUGAACAAGAGCCAAAAGGAAAUGACACUCAGAGGAAACCGCGGCGUGCAAAGCAGAUACACCCAAUAAUUGAUAAAAGCCAAGAACACGAUGAUUCAAUAGCUGACGAGAACAUUCCAUUUCAUGGCUCAAAAGAUGAUAAGAGUGUCGAAGAAGGCAACGUUCAAGAAACAAAAGUCAUGCUUCAUUCUAAAGAACUGAAAAAAAAUGGUGAAUUCACCAGGUAUGUGCAUGAGACAAGUGAAGUUGUUGAGGAAAUAUCCUCCGAUGAAGGGUGGCAAGAAGCCAGUUCUAAAGGGCGGUCAGGAAACACAGCCAACCGCAAGUAUGGUAGGAGGAGACCUCUUGUUGCAAAGCUGAAGAUUAAUAGCUCUGAGAAUUACAUAGUCAGAGAAAGCAGUUACAGGAAUGACAUUACAUCACCGCAUAAAGGGACUCCAAAAAACACUUCAGUCACACCACUUUCACCUGGACAAUCAAAAGCUAGAAGCUUCACUUUAAAAAAUGAACCUUUCAAUAAUUCAACAAGAGCUUCGGUUUCCAAAACUUCCUCUACUCCUGCAGCUCUUAGUCCCUUGGCUUCAAAGUCUAUAUCUUACAAAGAAGUGGCUUUGGCACCACCAGGUACUGUUUUAAAGCCCCUGCUAGAGAAAGCUGAAGUAGACAAUGUAAAUACUGAAACCGAGAAGUGCAACAAAGUUGAAGAAAGCUGCCAAAAUUCUAUUGCUGAAGCAGUUUCUGAGCAAGAUAAAAAGGAGGCGACCUGUGAACCUGACAUUCAAAGAGAAGAUUCUGCAUCAGAACUUGAGGAUCGGUCCCUCUCUUCUGAUCAGGCAAAAGCUGCAGAAACCAAUGGUAGUAAGCUUUCAGCUGCAGCCGAACCAUUCAACCCAGGAAUGUUGUUUAUGCCUCACCAUAUAAACUCGGUUCCCAUCCCAAACAUUUAUGAUGCAAAUGCUCGUCAAGGCAUGCUUGUGGAUCCCGUGCUUCCUCCUGUUGCUGCUAGGGUCCCCUGUGGGCCCAGAUCACCUCUAUACUAUAGAACCAACUAUACUUUUCGCAUGAAAAACGGUCAUUCAAAAAAUCACACUCCGAUCGGGGAAAGAAGUGGAUUUGAGGCUCCAAGAAUCAUGAAUCCUCAUGCACCCGAGUUUGUUCCCAGAAAAGCUUUGCAAACGGAGACCAAUGACGCCAAUUCCUUUGAAUCAAGUAUGGUAGAAAACAACAACGUAGAUGAAAAAAUGAGCAAGGAUUUGAAGGGAAGUUCCCCAAGAAAGCGUGUUUCUGGAUCUGAGAAGUCAGAGUUGGCUCGGCAGAUACUGCUUAGCUUGCUGGUGAAAUCAGUUCGGCAAAAUAUUGAUUCUGUCGAUGAAUCCAAAGUCAGUGACGAAAAAAGCGAGAACUUGGAAAACUCUUCUGAUGCAGUAGCCAAAGACAGUGCUAUUAUAAAAAUCCUGUAUACCAACGAAGAAAAAAGUAAGAUGACUCCCCUGUCAAACGGAAGGGAAGAGCAAGAAAACAUAAAUGUAACCAAUAAAAACAUCGGAGAUGAAGGGUUUAUAGUUGUCACUAGGAAAAGAAAGAGCAGGCAGAAGUUCACAAAAGGAGUGUCAGAUUUGUGCAAUCAGCAGUCCAUCUGUGCUUCAGUCCGUUGAAUAGUUGUUAAACGGCAUUCCCAAUAAACCAAUAAGUUCUCUAUACUCUCUAACAAUGUAUGAAUCCAUGGUUUACAAAUUUUGGCCCUUGAUGCCCGGUGCAUUUUUUUCCCUGGUCAGUUUAGGAGGCUCCUUGAAUCUCCACUCCAUAGUCCUUACAGUAAAAUGUUCCUCAAGAUAUUUUGUUUUAUCAAUAAAAAUCCAAUUGGCAAGAUCA